CGCAUGCGCCCCGCGGGACACUGUGAGAGCAGCCUGCGUAGGGAAAAGGUGGGGCCGCACAAACCAAUCGCUUUGAGACGGGGCGUUGCUGGUGCCUAUUGUGAGGUCCGAGGUGCGAAGAGGCGGAGCUAUACAGUUGUCGGUGAAGCGGCUGGAGCCAUUCUGAGCUGCCCGGCUCGGCGAGGAGUCACAAGGAGAAAAAGAGCAAGGCAGACUCGAAGUGGCCUGGCCUGUGUCUUGGGGGUAGUGACCGAAAUGGUGUCGUGUAUCAUCUCUCGAGCCGUUGUGUUGGUGUUUGGGAUGUUGUAUCCUGCUUAUUAUUCAUACAAAGCCGUAAAGACAAAAAACGUGAAGGAAUAUGUAAGAUGGAUGAUGUACUGGAUUGUGUUCGCCCUUUAUACUGUUACCGAAACAAUAGCAGACCUUAUGAUCUCUUGGUUUCCACUGUACUAUGAACUGAAAAUUGCUUUUGUUAUCUGGUUGCUCUCUCCCUAUACUAGAGGGGCAAGUUUAAUAUAUAGGAAAUUUCUCCAUCCUCUUCUUUCUUCAAAAGAAAGGGAGAUUGAUGAAUAUAUUGUUCAAGCCAAAGAACGUGGCUAUGAAACAAUGGUUAACUUUGGAAAACAAGGCUUAAAUUUGGCUGCUACUGCUGCAGUCACUGCAGCAGUAAAGGGUCAAGGGGCGAUAACAGAAAAGUUGCGGAGUUUCAGCAUGCAUGACCUAACAACUAUUCAAGGUGAUGAACCAGUGGGACAAAGACACUUCCAGACUUUACCGGAUACCAAAAAGAGAGGCAAAAGCUCUACCAAUGAAUCCUUAGGUUAUGGUAUUCCAAUAAAAAGGGAUUCUGAAGAUGAUAAAACAGAUGAGGAGAGGGAAGGAACCUUUUCAGAAGAUGAGACAUUGGCUCAGAGAGGCCUCCGGAGAACACAAAGUAUGAAAUCUGUAAAAACUAUCAAAGGCCGCAAAGAGAUGCGGUAUGGCUCAUUAAAAUAUAAGGUGAAGAGAAGACCACAAGUGUACUUCUAAGUGAUCAUCCGAAUUUGGCUUAAAUCGAACUGCUGUAUUAGUUGCUUCCUGCAGACCCACCAUGAUCCUGAUCCUGUGUGCUGGGCUUUCCUAUUGUCUGAAGGCAAACACUUAACGUACAGGUGGCUUACCUGAUGUCACUGCAAAGCUUUCCCCCUGCUCAUUGAAGAGAACAGGAAAGACCCCUGCGUGCACAGAGCUCUGCCUGCAUAUCUGAGUUAUUAGCCACUGUGUUCAGGAUUUAUAUGUAUCAAACGUGGUAAGAGUUUAUUGCUUUAAAGAGUGGAGUAUGACACUUUUAGUCUCUAAAUUUCUAUAAACUAAUUGCUAAAGAUGGAUAAGAUAGCACUUUAGGCUUCUGUACUUCGUAAAGGAACGCAUUUUAAUGACUAACUCUUAGAGGUUCUUAAAUGUGGCUCUCAUGGAUGAGUGUUUAAGUGGUUGGUUGGUGUCCAACGCUUAAUUAAAAUUGCACACCUCCAGCAUUGUCUUACUAUAUUUGCAAAGGUUAUACUUGAAUGAAUUUUAUUUGUAGAUUUCUAAAAAAAACAAAACCUUAAUGUCCAAUAUGAGAAGUGAGUGUGAAGAAAAUAAGUUCUUUGCAGCAGAUUCUCUUAACUUGCUUUAAAAACACUUUGGUGUGGAUGCAAAGAGCUGCUUAGAAUCAUACAAAGAGUUUCUGUUACCCAGUGAAUUGCUUGACUCUUUUUUUUUUUUUAAAUGGCAACUGGCUUCUGUACCAAAUGACAAACUGCUUUUGAAACUCCAUUGUUAUGUGACAUCAGGAAGCUGGUUUAAGCAAAACGAAUGUAAAGACGCUUGGGUUCACAGAAAUAAUUCCUUGGUUCUUUGGAUCCUGACCUCCUUAUUGUUUUAACUGAGGCUUUGAGUGCAUCCUGUGCACACAGCCCACCUGAUCACUCAGUACGUUGCUGUUUCUGGUUCUGUGCACUCAAAUUUAUUGAUUUGCAGUACAAUGAUAGCUCCAAUGGCUUGUUUCAGUGCAGUGUUCACCAUGGAAUGAAUGCUUUAUUUGUAUUGUCUUUUAUACAUUUUCUAUCUUGGGUAUACUUGUGCAUGUGAAAGGAUGCAACUAAGUAAGUUCGGCCAGGUGCCUUUUUGUUUUGGUUAGAAUUCAGUUUCUGUCUAGCAUGUGUAUAAAGGAUUUUGAGUUAAAGUUGAAGACCAAAAGCUUUUAAACCUUUCUCUCAGAUAUUGGAAGUCAGACAACAUAUUGUAUAAUUAGACACUUCAAACACAUGAUAUAAGAGAACAUGCACAUCCUAAAGUUGCUGUUUUCUCCUGUGGUUUAGAGUCCUGUGAAUUUCUAAUGUUGGUUUUUAAAAGCAUGUGUGUGAGUGAUGAUCUUGUAUAUCAUUGCUGAAGGCUUUAUGUUGGAGCAAUGCUCAGAACUGAAAGCCAUAUUAGGAAUACAGAAUAACUGGAUAGUUGAACUAACGUAUAUGUCUUAUUUAUGUAAAAGCAGCAUGUGUCACUUGCAUUAACAUGAUGCAUUUCUGUGGUAUCUUUUUCAGAGCAACAGCUUGAAUGCUUUUGAAUCUUGAUUGAUAGUUGGUGUUCACUACUUAAAAUAUUGGCUCACAAGACUAGUACUACUUCUGAAGGGUUUCUUGCCCUUUCUGAUCAGGUGAAUCUCCUGUUCUGCUGGGAUAACCAGGAGUUUUAGUGCUAAACUCUGGAUGUAAAAAUUGUAUUAGGCCCUGUGAUCAUUAAAAGGUAUUCAAGUAAACAUGAACUGAAAUUCACAUUUUAAGGCUGAUUUUCACCACUGCAUGUGCUGGAACCUUUUUAACUGAACACUUGGGGUAAAAAAUGCUGCUGUUAUAUCAGUUGAUGCUAGACUUUAAUCUGAUGUAAAGCAAUUCCAAAGCAAUAUAACUUUUUCUUGCUGCAAAUAAUUUUUCAGCAAGUUGACAAUAUGUAUAAAAGUUGAACAGAAUUCUUAUUUCAUGCCAUGUAGGAGUGCCUCUUUCUAGAGAAAAACAUCAAUCUCUUCUAGCAGAGAAGGAUUAACCAUUUAUAUGAAUUACUGGCAGCCUGCCCAGCUUGAAGAACCAAAACUUUCUUUGCUGCUAUGUGCUUCAGAAGAGGUAUUGGCAGUAUAUGAAAGAGUGCCUGCCACUACAUUUCUGUAUGGUUAUGCUAAUGUGGUUAUGCUGAAUGUAGGGAGAGGAGCAAUGUGGCAUAUGGAUCAAAGGAAUGUAGGCAUGAUAUUUAACAUCUUCCACAAGCCUUCCUGCUCUGGAAACUCUCAGUUAAUACAAUAAAUCAGAGAAUUUUUAAAAAGAAAAAAAAGAAACACUAUUAAUUCAGCUUAUUGACAGAAUGUAGUCUGAAAACAUGGCUGGGUUCUCUUAAGAUUACACCUUAGUACUGCAUUUUUGUUUUAAGAACUUUUUUACAUAAACAUUGUGAGAGCUGGUCUUGUCGUAGCAAGCAUGAAUUGUCCCCUUUGCUAAGCAGGGUCUGUCUUGGUUUGCACUUGAAUGGGAGACAACAUGUGUGAACACUGCAUGAUACUCACCUUAGGGGAUGGGGCCACUCUGGGGAGAGCACCUCCAUGCUUGCAGAAAGUUCCAAAUUCCCUCGCUGGCAUCUCCAAGAUAGGGCUCAGAGAGACGCCUGCCUGUAACCUUGGAGAAGCCACUACUAGUCUGUGCAGACAAUAUUGAGCUAGAUGGACCAAUAGUCUGACUCAAUAUAUGGCAGCUUCCUAUGUAAUAUUCAUCUUAUGGUGUCAGAUAAACAACCCUCCCAACUCAGCAUUUUCUUUCCCACAACUGAUCAAACUGGCUAAUUUCAAAGGAAUUGUAUAGGAAACAAUUGUGAAACAAUGCAUUCUUCAUUACACUUUAGCUGUUGGCAGGCUCAUUUGUUUCUAUAUUUAUCCAAGCCUUUAAUCAAAAAGUUAGAAACUUGUCCCCAGAAAAUGAUAUAAUAAUAUAUUACACUUUUGUGCAGUGUUUAAAUAAUAGAUACUAGACAUGUAAUGAGAAGUGCUUAAACACAUACUUGGUAUGGAUAUACUCGAAGGGUGCUCUUGACUGGCUGAGUCUUCCCAGGUCUGAUACUGUACCUGUAUUAGACUUAAGGCCGCUUCCCAGGAGACUCGUGGAAGCCACCAGUGGUGCACUCCUGAAACACUUGAUGAGGAUGUUCUUCAGUGAACUGAAAGAGAGGCAGAUCAUCCUGCUGCAACCUCACCCAUCCCUUCAUUUGCUUCUUGGGUUCCAAAAGCAGCAAGGUAAAGGCUAGAAAUUAAAUGUAAUGGUUAUAUUAUAUCAAAAUACCUUAUUUUUGACAACAUGAAAGGCGUCGUCUAGGUCAAUGUUCUACAAAGUAUUUAUUUAUGCAAAGGAAACGUAUGCAAAGGGGACUUGCAUACUAAUUUCAAGGACAGCUUCUUAUCAUUUCUUGCAAUUGCAAUUUCAAGAUUUGGACUAAAAUAGUUUAUUUCAAGAUGAUAAGCUUUAACACUAUUUGUAAUUAACUGUCAACUUGUUUACAUAUUUAGUAAGGGGAAACUUUCUUGCAUUUUGUACUGAUAUUUCUUUACCUUUUGUAAAUACUGUUUUUGAAGAUGCUCUUAUAACUUUUUUUUUAAAGCAGUGCAUAAUAAAAUGAAUACACUUAA